AGGUGGCCGGGCUGUGGCGGGGCUGCAGCUGGGGACGACCGCGGCGAAGCCAGUGCCCCGGACCGGAGUCGUGAAAGUGUUCCCGUGUUCCAGCCAGGGGAGGGACCCCCCGCCGGGCAGACACGGACCCUCCGGGAUGCCGCGCAGGCCGCGUCUGAUGAGAAAUGGAAAUCUGGCUCAAAGUCAUCCUUCCUGUUGUUGACAUCACCUGAAAACUCCGCUGGAAAUAUUUCCACUAGUUUGCUGCAAACAUCGCCCCCCCUCCCCCGAGAUCUCAACACCCUGAGCAGUGCACAGACUUGCUGUUGUUGUCAACACUGGAAAGACUGAAGCUGGCAUCCCCAUAGUCCUUCUCCAGAGGUUGCCUUGCAAGACACAGCUAUAAAAUGUUCAUCAGAAAAAACUGAACUGUAGAUCCUUAAGAGUCCAAUGGAUGGCAUAGCAAUAGCAUCACUGUCCAGGGAGCUGGAAUCCUUCCUCGCCUGCCUGCAUGCUGCUUGAACUGAUCCCAGGCCUUUGUUUUUGGACUGAAGAAACCUGAAAACCUUUCUCUCCUAAUUCAUGAGCCAGCAGGAUGUGGUCGCUGUGCUUUCAGAACGCCUGCUUGUAGCCGCCUACAAAGGCCAAGUGGAGAAUGUGGUGCAGCUUAUCAACAGGGGUGCCAAGGUAGCAGUUACCAAGCAUGGCCGGACCCCCCUGCAUCUUGCUGCCUACAAGGGUCAUCUCCACGUUGUCCAGGUUUUGUUGAAGGCAGGUUGUGAUCUGGAUAUUCAGGAUGAUGGUGACCAGACAGCACUGCACCGGGCUGCUGUAGUAGGGAACGCCGAUAUAAUAGCAACCCUGAUUCAGGAGGGCUGUGCUUUGGACAGACAGGACAAGGAUGGGAACACUGCUCUUCAUGAAGCUUGUUGGCAUGGAUUCAGUCAGUCUGCCAAAGUGCUUGUUAAAGCAGGAGCCAACGUUCUUGCCAAGAACAAGGCAGGUAACACACCUCUUCACCUGGCUUGCCAGAAUAGCCAUUCCCAGAGUACUCGUGUUUUGUUACUUGGAGGAUCUCGAGCAGACCUCAAAAAUAAUGCAGGAGAUACCUGUCUGCAUGUGGCUGCUCGUUAUAAUCACUUGCCCAUCAUUAGGGUGCUGCUCAGUGCUUUCUGUUCUGUCCAUGAAAAGAACCAGGCAGGGGAUACUGCACUCCAUGUAGCUGCUGCUCUAAAUCACAAGAAGGUGGUGAAGCUCUUGCUGGAGGCAGGGGCUGAUGCGUCCGUUGUCAACAAUGCAGGCCAGACCCCUCUAGAGGUUGCCAGACAGCACAAUAACCCCGAGGUUGCGCUCCUGCUCACUAAAGCAUCACAGGUCUCACGUUUUAACCGUGGGAGAAGCCUGAGGAAGAAGAGAGAGAGACUGAAGGAGGAAAGGAGGGCUCAGUCGGUGCCACGGGAUGAAGUGGUACAGAGCAAGCAGGGCAGUGUCUCAGCUGCUGAUGACACACCAAGCAGCGACCAGCCCCCAGAGAGGAAGAACAAUCUGAAGGAUAAACCCCGGUCAGCCUCACCAGAUCCUAAAGGGAAAAAGAGCAAAAAGAAAAAGCCAAAGGAAAAGGUUUCAGCACUCUCAGACCCCAUCUCCCCAGCUGAUCAGCAGACACUCCCUCAGGCCCAGAAGAACGUGCCUAAGCGCAGAAGUAAACACCACUGCUCCUCUCCACCCCCUCCGCACGAGGUCCGAGCCUACCAGCUCUACACGCUCUACCGAGGGAAGGACGGGAAGGUGAUGCAGGCACCCAUAAAUGGAUGUCGUUGUGAGCCCCUGAUAAAUAAACUGGAGAAUCAGCUGGAGGCAACAGUGGAAGAGAUAAAAGCUGAGCUUGGGACAGUACAAGAUAAAAUGAAUAUUAAGCUGGGCCAGAUGGAAAGCAAAACUCAGCAUCAGCUCCGAGUUUUGGACAAGCUGAUGGCCGAGCGGCUGUCGGCAGAGAGGACAGAGUGCCUUCACCGCCUGCAGCAGCACACGGAGCUGGAAAAGAGCGAGGGGGAGAAGCGGCAGAUUUCCUUGGUUGAUGAGCUGAAGACCUGGUGCUUGUUGAAGAUUCAGAAUCUGGAGCUCAAGCUUUCUGGAGAUUCCAGGUCAUCAAGACCAAAAUCAACUUUGUCCACUUGUGAGUCUCUCACUGAGACCCUGGAUACUGACAACAACCCCAACAGUGCCAAGGACUGUAAAGUCAACCAGCCUGUGCUGCAGUCAGAGGGCUCCCACCAGCAUUCCUAUAUCACACUUCCAAAUAGCCUCUUGGAAGAUGGGGGAAGGAGCAGAGUCCAGAUGCCAGAACAAAGCUUUGGGCAACACUUUUGCAUUAAACAAGAUGGAGCAUUGGGUACAACCAUGUCAGGUACAGAGCAACAGGUAGUGGCUGGUGGACCAGUUUCUUCUUCUGCCCCUGCUCAAGAUGUCAGGCCAAAGGACAAAGCUGUGAGUGCCAGCACAUUCCACAGGUUCCAGCAGGAGCUGCCCUCCUCCGAGCUUUCAGGCUCCAAACUAAGACACGUUAAAGUUCAAGCUGCUUUGCAGCCAGUGACUGAACCUGCAAAGACUGAAGCACAGAGCGGCUACUUCAUUGACAAAGGAACUCAGACGAAAAAGUCCAGCAAAAGUGGGCAGUCGAGGCACAAAGCUCUGCACCACGCCGGGGCACAGCAGGGCCAGGAGCAGCAGCCCUCGGCCCCGCCUGCCCCUCCGCUCAGAGACACCUCCCAGGCCCUGGAGAUAACCCAGUACUUCUUCGAGGCCGUUUCCACGCAGAUGGAGAAGUGGUACGAGCGGAAGAUAGAAGAAGCCCGGUGCCAAGCGAACCAGAGGGCGCAGCAGGACAAAGCUGCGCUCAAGGAGCACAUCAAAUGCUUAGAGGAGGAGCUGAGCAAAUUAAGGACUAAGGUGCAGAAAGAGAGCUAGCACCUGCCAGGCAGGUAAUCAAACAACAGGACUCAUUUGGGAGCCUGCUGUAUGGGAAUUUGGAAUAUUGAUAGAUAUUUGUAGUGCCUGUUUCAUCCAAACACAACACUCUAUUUCAGGAGUAGAAAUAACUUUGGAAACUCCAUAACUGAGGAGAGUUCAUAUGCAAACUAUAUUGAUAACAAAGAGAUGCUGCAGAUUAGAUCCUUUCUUUGUUAUUUCCAAGAGUCUGUCAAUAUUGCACUCUCAUUUCCAGAUGCUGCUUGAAACCAAACUGCAUUAGCAACCAAAACUGCUUUCUGAAAAGGGAAUUCCCUUACUUCCACACAGGACACAGACUAGAGGGUUCUACUGUAUGCCUACAUGUAAACCUGUUGUGUUACCAGUAUUGAAAUAAAUCCAGGGUGUUUGAAGGUUUUUGACAGAAUUACUGUGAUGAAGGGCUAUUGAUCCUAAUUUAGAUACUCCCAGGGCCUCUCUCUAGUCAGUGGAGAGAAGCUACAGAACCCACUCCAGGUACAAGCCCAGGGAGCUGACAGAUGCAGGCUUCCAGCUGGGAGAGGGCAGGCAACUGUGGAGGGAGAUGUUAAGGCGAAUCAUCCCAUUAGGUACAGAAGCUUCAGCUACCACUUUGCUUUUCUCUUGGUUUUCCAUUAUUAAAACAAGUGCUAAAUCUAAUUUGUCUUUUUUUUUAAAUGGUGUCCUGCUUGCAGAGCUCCUUGUGAUUACACUAUUGUUGGGGCUCUACUCCAGUAAUUUGACUGAGAACUUUUGUUUAGGGCAUAGAUGACAAGUAUUUUACUGUAACCAUGGUCUGUUUUUUAGGUUGAAUGUUUAUAUAAAUCUUUUUUCCGUCAAGCAGUAAAUGGCUAAAUUGCCUACUAUUGAAGAAACUUAAAAAACUCCUUUAUCCUUUAUCAAAGUGAAAACUUGGCUUCCUGUAUUCAAAUUUUAUUUUUCUGCAGUCAGAAUUUUUUUCCAGGCACCUUGCCCAGACUGUCUACCUUUUUUCCUCUGAAUGAUUCCUCCUGUUUUUUCCCUUCUGUCUCUAAAAAGGAGACCCUGAUGAGUCUACAGGUUUUAGGACAAAUGGUCCCACAAACCAGCACUCAACAUUUUAGAAGUUUUGUCAUUGUGUUUUGUUAUAAAAUCAGAACUUUCAUUGACCAAUGCUGUCCACGUUGACAGACUCCAAGUAAUCUCAAUGCACUGUAACUAUUGCAUCUGCAUCCCUUUAGGGUUUCCUCCUUACACAUCUGAGAAGGCUCCAUCAGAUUUUGCUAGAAAUAGAAGUUUACUUACUUACCAGAUCAUGACAGAACAACUGCUCAAAAUCAAUUUCAACACAAGAUGGUACUGUUAUGCCAAGGAGAAAAAUACUUUUUUUCUGUACUAAGGAGCUCUAAAAUCAAUACAAAGUACUUUACAGUGUUGAAGAAUGCCAUUCACUAAUUAGUUAUUAAGCUUUUGUCUUCUUAGCAGAUGUAUAAAGCAAAAAAAGUCAUAUUAUAUAACAAUAUUUUUAAAGUUCCUCUUAACGCACUAUCACAAGAAGAGAAGUGUAUCUGUGGCUAUGGAAAUACUAGUUUUCUUGCUCUGACUUCUGUAGUCUAAUAUAGACACUUUGGUAUGUUUACAGUUUUGUUUAAGCUACAGUAGGAAUGCAGAAGCAUGCUAUUGAAGUUUUGUAUCACCUGGAUGAAGUUAAUGUUUUGCCCAGCAAUUAAAAGUAAGUGUUGCUCAGAAGUGUGUGGUGUAACAUUUUCUAGCCACAGAAAACUGACACAGCCCCCUCCUCACUUGACUCUGAAGGGGGAGCAGAAGAUUGGACUUCAACUUGUAAGCUUUUUGUUUGUGGUUAUGAAACACAAAAGUGGAGUCUGCCAUCUGUGCAGAGGGAGGCUGCAGGGACUGAGUGCUGCCUGUUGGCUGGGGCAGGUGCCCCUUUCAGAAGUUACAGGCACAGGGCUGAGCUGUGCACAGAUCACACACGCGCUCCUGAGCUUGCCCAGGCUCAAGGGAGAGGCUGUGGCUUUAGCUCUAUUUCCCAUAGAGACCACACUCAUAAGACCAAGCAAUUCAAGUAAAUCCAAGUAAUUACCAAGUCAUCUAAGGCAGUAACCAGGCUGCAGGUUACUGAUUUUAGAGAUUCUCUAAAGCCAAUGAGUGUACAGUAAGAGAAGCAUUUUCUGCUAAUUCCU